AUGGCUCCCGAAAAGAAUGGAAGAGUCGUCUUCAUCGGCAACAUCCCUUACGGUGUUAGCGAAGAACAAAUCAUCGACACGUUUGGAAGAGUCGGUGCGGUAAACAACUUCAGACUCGUGCACGACAAGGAGACUGGUAGACCGAAGGGUUUCGGUUUCCUCGAGUUCGCCGACCCAGACGCCGCCGCUUCGGCAGUGCGUAACCUCAACGACCACGAGAUCAUGGGCCGCAAGUUGCGUGUCGACUGGUCCAACGACAACAGCGGCGGUGGAAACUCCAGCUCCAACGACAAUUCAACCAACAGCAUGAGCGCACAGCAGCCUCACGGUGGCGAUGCUGCAGGCCAACAGCCUCCGAUGCUCCCUCCUCUUCCACCUGGCACCGAUCUGCCCGCGGGCUUGACAUGUCCCGAUGCCAUCUCGAAAACCCUCAGCGCCAUCCCUGCCCCUCAAUUGCUGGAUAUCAUCUCGCAGAUGAAGGGCCUCGUCAUGUCGGAUCCCAAUCAAGCAACCGAGCUCCUGCGCCAGGCACCCCAACUCGCCUACGCCAUCUUCCAGGCACUUCUCCUUCUGGGUCUGGUUGACACAAGCAUGCUUGGCAGCAUCGUCCAGGCUUCCGCCCCUCAGAACCCACAAUUCCCUGCUUCAGCACCCGUUCCCCCUCCGCCUAUGCCUCAACCUCCCCAGGCCGCCUAUGCUCCCACACCUCAGCCCGGCUACCCAGGAUACCCCCCUCAACACUACCAACAACCCACACCACCAGUGCAACAACCCGCUUUUGCGCCGCCCCCGCCCCCUCAGCAGGCCGCUGCAGCUAGUCAGCAGGACCUCAUUGCGCAGGUUCUGUCCAUGACCAUCGACCAGAUCAACCAACUCGAUCCUGUGUCGCGCCAGCAGAUCAUUGCUCUGCGCGCCCAGCUAGGUGCCCCCGUUGCUUGA